CGGUCGACGAUGAUAGUAUUUAGGCCACGAAUCCUGAACAAGCUCAUUAUCACGUAAGCCAGACAUAAGUCCACGGAUUAUUUGAGAGCCCGCAAUCUCCCUAGUGUCUUCCUGAUUCUAGAGUCUCGAGUAUCCUCGCAUUAGUAGUAAAUCUUCUUUCUAAGAACCAUCGCGAUGAGGCCGCUUGUGUACGCCAUCCUCCUCCUCGUCGUCCUCGGCACUCUCGAUGCCGCGCUCGCGCGUCCCAAGAGGGCACGCCCCAAGCGCGCCAGCCCCGCGGUCUUUAUGGACGGGCGCCGCUGGUAUCCGCACCCCCAUACGUUCCGCCCCAAACGCGCCAGCCUUGCGCAUCCGCUGCUAGACCAGCGCGAGCCGUCUCCGCGCAGGUUCCGCCCCAAACGCGCCAGCCCCAUGCGCCUUUUUUACGGCCCAGAUAACGAGUUUGCGAAUUCCCGCCGGUUCCGCCCGAAGCGCGCUAGUCUCGCGCAUAGCGCUCCGCGUAUGCUGCGCGGAGGAGGCAGCUCAGGGUUGCGCCAGGAUAAGCCAGGGACUGGUUAUCAUUACGCUGUAGACCCGAAUUAUUAUUAUCAGAACCCGUAUUGGUACACUCCGUCUUACUGGACUGAUGUGCACGGCGGUUAUUAUGACUAUGGCAACGACGUGCCUUACUACGGUGGUUACUAUGUGAACCCGAAUACGGAUUGGGCUGAUUAUGGUGAUUGGUUUGAUUCAGGAAAUGCUGGGUAUGGGGACUAUGGAUCAGGCUACAAGGGGCAGCAGUAAGGCAGUCACGGUGAUUUGGGCUCGUUCCUUAUUUGCUUCACCACAGAUCAUUCGGUGAAGGCUUUGCAGAUCAGUCGUUUUUGGGUCUACCUCUCUGGGAAUUUGAAAGCAUGACGUGGAAGUUUGGGGAGUCGUAGGGCGGAAGUAUAAUUGAUGCCUUUCUGGGGUUGCUUUGAAGGGGUCAUCCUGUUUAAUAAAAAAAAGUGUGCUGGCGGCUGAGACCAGGCAUAGCUGGAUGGAUGGAUAGGCCAAUUUUGCGGUUUUUGUUUAGAGGAAGGGGUUGGAUUGGUGCAGAUUCUGCUCAAUAUAUAUACUCUUCCACC